AUGGACUUUUGGUCGCGCCUCCUAGCCGGCACUUCGCUGUCUCCCUCGGCCCAUCGCAAAGAAGAAGCAAAGAAUCCCACGAAACGUCUGCACCGCUUCGACAAGGAGUAUAACCGCAUCUUGCAAAUCUGGCGAUCCUCAUCCAACCUAGCCAGCGAUGUCGAUGCCGCCGAGAACCUCGAGCUCCGCCUCCAGGAGCUCACAAACAUCAUCACCGACGAGUCCCGACGACCUCUCCCCCACCCCUGCAUCCAGUAUGCCGCCAAGAAACAAGUCUACGUGCCCAUUGGCAAGAUCGCGACGACGUCCUACAACGAGUGGAUCAUCAAGGAGGCCGUGCUGUUCUUUGCAACCCUGCUCGAGACGGAAGAAGAAGCAUUCGUCGAGAAUACCACCUUCUCCGCCAGCCUGACGAACCUCCUUGUGCGCAUCACCGGCGUCAACAGUGUUCGUCUCGGGUCCGAUACAGAGGCCAAGGUCGUCGAGCUGGCUUUUAACAUCACCACCAAGAUCCGCCUCAACCGGGACAUCCUGCACGCCUGGUUCAGGACCCAUCAUGAUGGCAACCCCCAGGGUCGCCCACAGGGUACCCACGACGCUUUCGCUGGCCGAACUCAGAGGCAGGAUUUCCCCCUCUUCUACAUCCUGAUGGACUACAUCCACCACGAGGGUAAGGUCGGAGAUUUCGCUAGGACAGGUCUGCUGUACAUCAUCGAGUCGGCAUCGAGCGACGAGUCCCUUGAGCAGUGGAUCGUUGAGAGCGACCUUUCCACCUUGAUGGCAACCGGUCUGGGGGCCCUCUACAGCCAGCUGAGCCGCAAGCUUGUCAUUGACUAUCCCACCAACGACCUCCCCCCCGUCCUCGCCUUGUCCGACUACCAACAUCCGAUCUCUACCUUUGAGAUCAUCAGCUCAUGCUCCCCCGACUUUCAACUACAUCUCGAAACCUUCCUGUCCCACCUUCUCUUCUGGCAGGAUGUAUUGGACCACUGCAAGUCGGUCGAGGUCAAGCAGACGCUGCUGGAACACUUCCAGGUCAUAUUCCUGCAGCAACUCUUAUACCCAUCCCUGCUGGAGUCGUCCGAUAUUGACGGCGGCUCGUCCGUCGCUGUCUUGACCUAUCUUCGUCGCAUCCUCGAGUCCCUCGACCACCCUGACAUGAUUAAUCUGAUCCUCCACUAUCUCCUCGGCUUGCCGGAACACACUUCCCUCGACAUGACUGGCUCCCGUGCCUCCGUCAGUGCAGCUCGUAAACGCAAGUCGCUGGAUCUUGCAACGAUGCUGGCUCAGACCAAGUCUGACAUCACCGCAACCCCUCUCCUUUUCAAUUUGGUCGACCUUGUCCAAGCCUGUUUGCGCUCCCACAACCAGCAGACCAUUCGUGUGACGCUCCAGCUGGUUUCGGCCAUCCUUAGGAGGCACCACCGGUAUGCAGUCAGCACCCUUCUACGCACCGAAGCCGUGCUCGGAGACAAGAUGCACAGAACAGUUGGUGCUCACGAACAGGAGGUGGACUUCAUCAUGAGCCUGGCAGGGUCCAUUGGUGGGCAGGACAAUUUUGACGAGGUCUACGAUAACAUCUUGAAAGACACCAUGUCCCGCCUCGAGAGCCAUCCCUGCUCGUUGAAGCUCGUUGCACCCAAGAUAUCCACCAACAACCAUGACUUACCCGCCGUCCCUGAUACACUCCCUGGGGCGCCGCGCGACGUGCAUGAGCAUACGCUCCGCCCGGACGACCCGUUGCUCAAUUCGGUGCUGGAUCUUCUUGAGACGUUCUUCAUUAAUCCGGUCGACACCAACCUGUCACUCACCGAGGCCAUACUAGACCUGGCCAUCUGCGGUUACGUGACGCCGGAGGGCUGGUUGAUGCGUAACCCACAUAAAUACACCUUUGAGGAGCGGCCACCAAGUCCGAUGUCCCCCGACGCCUCGGCCACAUCAUUCAGGCCUCCAACGGAUCCCGAUUCUACGACAUCGGCCGAACAGAAGACUCUGGAGUCUCUGGAUGCUUGUCGCCGACGUCCGAUAUGGACACAGUCAUCACUGCCUCGCAUACUCGUCGUCCUUCAGAGGCUGUGUAGCCAGGUAGCGAGGUAUCGUGAGACGAUUCCUCGCUUCGAAGAUUUGCUCCAAGGGCGGAGGGAGGCGUUCCAAACGGCAGAUAACCCGCGGCCACCGCCGCCGCCGUUGCCAGCACGCAAGGUCACCCCGCAAAGACGCAGCUCAGCGCACACGCCGGAACGCUCUAGUCUAGACGAAUCAACACGCAGUGGCUCUCCGGCGCGUCCAUCAGGUCUGGAACGGUUUGCCCAACGCUUGGUGUCGGAAUUGAGUACACCCAGUCGAGGAGUAAGUCCCAGGGGAAGGGAGAACAGCCAAGGGACCAGCACAGCAAGCCCAGGCCAGAGCAAUAUGUCAGGCGGAUACGGAUUUGCCACGCCGACAUCUCGGCCUUUACCACCUCAAAAAGACACGCCUGGUAGCCACGACACUCGUGGCCGAAGUGUCACAGAUGAAGCUGGCUCAUUGCAUACUCCCAGAGAUCCUGUCGCCAGCCAAGCCGCCGCAUUCGCAGCCAUAGAUCAGAGCAUUCUCGCCCGGAGGGUCGGGCUCCCCGAAAAGGUCGAGCCGAUCCCGCUGGACCUCGGGAGAAAGAAACCGACCUUGCACAUGCCGCCACCAAGAGACGAGGAGCCUGCAGAAGACCAGCAGGAGAACGUGGGGCCAGAAUCAGAGCAGCAGACGGAUAACGCUGAGGCGGAACCGAUCAGUGACGAUACCGUGGAGGUCAAUACUCCAAAGCGAGAAGAUGUGAAAGAGGGGCGGAAAGCGUCGGUGUCCCAUGUCAUCACGAACGUGAUUGUGCUCCAGUCCUUUUUAUUUGAGCUCGCAGCCCUGUUCCAGGCGCGCGCCACGGUUUUCAACGAGGUUCGAUAUGCGUGA